AUGGGGGAGGUUGUUGCAUUACUUCGAGUAAAGGCUGACUUAGUUCCGAUUGAACACAGACAUGCCAUGCGCGAAAGGUACGAUCAGCUCCCUGGCUUUGCCUUUGUUUUUGCGUAGGGGUUUCUACGGAUAGCUGAUGAGUGGCACAGGUUAGGUGCGAUGCCGCCAGCCUGGGUGUCCCGUGCACGAACUGCGUCGCCUUUUCCAUCGAGUGCAAGAUUCCCACGCCGAAGAGGAAGAAGGUUGUCGGAGCCACAAAGUCAAAGGAUGGUGAUGAUGAGUACGCUUUAGCCUUUACCCGGCUGAUCUUUAGAGUUGGAGAUGGGGGCGAUUCUGACGAUGGACAUUGGUGGGCGGGGGAAAGUAGGUCUUCGGAACGACAAGGCUCCGUACAAGGCCCGUCGCCGUCGCCGGUCGAUAAUAUCCAAAUGAACUUCAACAAAACACCGCAAGCUACAGUUUUACCGCACCAGGACGGCACCCCAAACGCAGGCUUCCCGGAAGCUAAGUCAGCCCAGGUCGCCGCCGAUAAUAGGACUCUUACCCAGUUUAUGAAGCCCAGGUUCGCCAGGGCCCCCAUCAAAGAGGCUGGAAGGGUUGCUUAUUUAGGUAGGACGUGGUGCGGGGGGCAGUUAGUAUAUGCGAAGGCUAACCGGGGCUUAGGUGAAUCAUCAAAUCUCAGCUUACUGGUUCACGAGAAACAUGGCACGCCGGAGGUUGUGCACUACCCACUACCGGAGAAUGUUCGAGGGUCGAGGGCUAGGUUAACGGAACUGGACACCAUUGAGAUCGAAAUCCUCCACCAAAGGGGUGCUUUCCUGUUACCCCCAAGAGCUCUCUGCGACGAAUUGGUCGAAGCGUACUUUAAAUGGAUUGCCCCGAUUGUACCCGUCAUCAAUAGGAGCAGGUUCAUGCGGCGAUAUCAAGACCCUAAGAAUCCACCAUCACUCUUGUUAUUGCAGAGCAUAUUGCUCGCUGGGUCAAGAGUGUGCACGAAUCCGCAAUUGAUGGAUGCUUCUGGGUCUACUACCCCGGCCGCUAUGACCUUUUACAAGAGAGCUAAGGCGUUGUAUGAUGCAAACUACGAGGAUGACCGCGUUACCAUUGUGCAGUCGUUAGUGUUGAUGGGGUGGUAUUGGGAGGGUCCUGAAGGCUUGUUCAUCAUCUGGUGUUUAUAGUAGCACGUGCUAAUCUUCAACCUCAGAUGUAACGAAGAAUGUAUUUUAUUGGAGUCGGGUAGCCACCAUUGUAGCUCAGGGUUCCGGUAUGCACAGGAGGUUUGUAUGCGAGUGAUAUCUGGAGGGUCGGACUUUGACUAAUUCAGUAUAGCGUUGAGCACUCUCAAUUAAGCAAUGCGGACAAAAGGCUAUGGAAGCGGAUAUGGUGGACACUCUUCACUAGGGACCGAAUGGUGGCUGUUGCUCUUGGAAGACCGGUGCACAUCAACACUGAUGAUUCAGAUGUCGAGAUGGUCCAAGAGGAGGAUUUCUUGGAGGACGAACCUGGAUUCCCCGCGGAAUAUCCACCAAACACUCUCCAUAUCCAAUUCUUCCUUCACCAUGUCAAACUAUGUGAAAUUAUGGGAUUGGUACUAUCCCAGCAGUACUCAGUGGCAUCCAAAGCAAGGAGGAGGCAGAACGCGAUUGAUCUAGUCCACAGCGAUCUUGCACUUGCCGACUGGAUGUUGCAUGUGCCGCCGAACAUGCGCUAUCACAUCGAAGAUAAGUCGAGACAAAACUUCUGGGCGGCCUUGCUUCAUUCUACUUAUUAGUGAGUUGAUGGAUCUUUUUUCUCUUUUCGUAUGUUUUGCUUCGGAUGGUAUACUGAAAAGUUAACGUAGCACAACUCUGUGCUUGCUCCACCGGGCCCAUAUGCCGCCGGUGAGUACCACUCCCAGUGGGAUAGAGGACACCUCCUAUCCUUCACGGAAUAUCGCUUUCAGGGCUGCAACGGCUAUCACCUCCAUUAUUGAUAAUUUAGCCGAACAUGAUCAGCUCAGAUACUGCCCCGCAUUCAUUGUGUACAGCCUCUUCUCGGCUUUGAUCAUGCAUGUGUACCAGAAUCGUUCGGCAAACCCGACAGUGGUUGCCGAGUCCAAGGAGCGCAUGGGGAAGUGCAUGAAAGCCCUGAAGGAUAUUUCGAAAGUAUGGAUUGUGGCGAAGAUGGUAUACACACUUUUCGAGUCCAUUCUGGGAAAUAAGGCCCUGGAGGAGCGGCUCCAAAAGUCUGCUGGCCGCCGCCACCACCCCCGGAAGCAUCAGCAUAACCGGUCCAAUAGGGAAAGCUCGACCUCUGCGGAAGCUCGCAGCACCACUGAGCCCAUCAAGAGAAAAUUUGAUGAGAUGGAUAUAGGCGGCCAUCCCGGAAGACCAGUACCCAAUAUGUCAUACGAAAGAUCCAGGCCUCAGACACCAGCCCCAGCCCCAGGAAGUAUCCAGAACAAUGCAGCGGGCAUGUCGGCUCCGGGUAACGCAACACCACAUCUCCGACAGGGAACAGAUAUAUUCAUGGGUGGACAGAGCCAGGGAGGAACGCGUCCCCCCACUCCGUUCCAACAACCGAACAUGUCCGUUCCCGCCACCCCUCCAGACCUUUACUUGGUCACACGAUCUUCCCCGCCAAUUCCCCAAAGUCUAUGGGAGAAUUUCCAGCCCGGCCAGCUCUUUCCAGACGAUUCUGGUAUCACAUACCUAUCACCACCGAAUCACAAUAGCAAUUCGGCGCUGGACCCGCAACUAGCGAGUUCACCCAUGCCGUUAUCACAGCAUUCGGUGAACCAGCACAUGCAAAGCCAGAUGCAAGGCACGUCGCCGGCCCCCAUGAGCGGCAUACAGAACACAGGCCUGCCCCAGCAGCACUCCUGGCCGAGCCCAUUUGAGAUGGACCCAAAUGGAGCUAUGGGUUCUGGGAGUAGCCCUGAAGACACCUGGAGUAAUAGCAGUACCGAUAAGAUAGUUCCGACGACCCUUAAUGUCGAAGAUUGGUAUGACUAUCCUCCUACUCCUUCUGCUCUUGGGCUAGGGACGCUAACGCCAGAUGGGUAACAGGUUUAACUUCUUUGGACUAACCGGGGAACUUGGAACCCUUGGCGAGAACGGGGCGCCAAUCUAAAGAUGAAUGAAGGGAAGUAAUAAUAUCACUCGUUUCUUUGCUAUAAUAUCGCGGGACUUUUCUCCCUGCUUCUCAGUUAUUGUGAUGCUAUCUACGUUCGCUAUAUCCCCCCCCCCCGAGAGAGGCAGGAAUGCGCUUUUUUUUUCUUUCUUUCUUUUUUUUCUUGCUUUUUCUGGAUGGGAGUUCCCUCUUUUCAUUCUCGCUUUGUUUUCGGGUUUUUCGUCGGGUCAUCAAAAAGAUUCAGAGCGAGUGAGUGAAACAAGGAUGUAAGAUGGGUGUGUUCCGAGAUUUAGCCAUUUAUGUGUAUGUCCGGCAAACGAUGGGGCGUGUUUCUCCUUCGAAAGGGUGGGUGGGUGGAUGGAGUUUGAAUUGGUAAGGGGUGUGGGUGUUUUCCCACCUUAAGGUUUUCUUUUUCUUUUUUGGUUACGGGAUUAAUUGUGAAGCUUAUGUGUGUUUGUUUUUGCGUCUAUAAUUCGUUGGGGUAUAAUGUAAUGGUAAACUCUUGUGCCCUCUUAGUGGAGUAACGUAUGGCAGUUUCACGGC